CUCCCCCUGUCCCUCCCCAGGGCCCCCCCAUCCCGCUGCCACGCUGGCACUGCGCCCCAUGGACGGCGUGUUCCUGUCCCCCAACGAGGAUGAGUUCGUGGGCAGGAUCUCCGAGGAGCUGGAGCACUUCAUGGAGCAGGGGCAGCACCACAGGGUGCUCCUGUUCCCCCCUCUGUCCAGUCGCCUCCGGUACCUGAUCCAUCGGACCGUGGAAAACAUGGAUUUGUUGAGCAGCUUCUCGGUGGGGGAAGGCUGGAGGAGGAGGACGGUCAUCUGCCACUCAGCUGUGAGGCUGCCCAGCGAGACCAGUGACCCAAAGCCCGGCCCCACCCCGGCCCGGCCCCACCGCCCCGCACAGCCCUGGGGCCGGGGGGGCCGGGGGGCCCGGCCCAGGCUCGGAGGGGACACCCAUGGGGACACCUCCCGGGCCUGUGUGGGCUCUGGCAGGAUCACCAGGCCCCCCAGGAGGAAGCCAGACAAAGCCCUGUACGUGCCCAAGGUGACGAGGAAGAAGGCGAACUGGAGGGAGCGGGACAGCCCCGGAGAAGCCGGAGGGGACGCGGCGCAGGGAGAUGAAAUCUGCCCCAAAAAUUCCACGGGGGACGCCCGGGAGGAGCUGGGCAAGUCUGGAGAAGGCCCAGGGGGUGUCCCCGUGGCUCUUGGAAAGCAGCAGGAGCCCGGUGAAGGAAGUUUUUCGGGAAAAACUGACGCUGACCCCCACGCUGAGCGUCCUCCGUGCGGUACAGUCCCAUCCUUAGGGAAUAGCAACGAUUCCUCCGAGCAGGAAAGUCGGGAUAAAGACUGUUGUGAUUCCCUUUCUUCUGGGCACAGUAAACCCCCACCUUCCAAGGCAGAAGAGCAAGGUCUGAGCCGUGACAACACUGUUGUAGCAGAAGGCAGCGAAUUCCUGCGGGACGGAGACCAAACCAGCGGGAAUGCCGGAGCGCUGGAGAGUGGGAAAACCUCCCUGCUGGAAAGCCGUGGUGGCAGCUCCUGUCCAGACCCGGCUGUGGUGCUGGAAAACCAAGAUAAGAGCAGUGCUGCUGCCAAGAGCCUGGAGAGCAGCGGGAACCUGCCAGCACCUGCAGAGCAGGGCAAGGUCUCCGGGAAUUCCUCCACGCUGGAAAGCCAAGAUCGGGAGCGCCCAAGUGCGGAGCAGAACCCCCUGGAAGCGCAGAGGGAGCCUCUGGCUGCGCCUGAGCUGGGUGUUGGUGGUGACCCAUCAGCUCCUGAGGAGCAGGGGGAGCACUGGGUGGAUGCUCCGGGGCAGAGCCGCAGUGGGAAGGUGCUCCUGGAGGAGGAGGAGGAGGACAAGGAGCCCUCGGAUGUGGCCGAUGUGCCCUGGAGGGAGCUGCAGGAGGAGAGGGGGAGCAGGCAGGAGCAGAGCAGCCUGGAGGACGACUGCACUGCAGAGCUCUUGGCAGAGAUCAUGGGGAAUCUGACGGUGAAGGACAUCAGCAUCGAGAGGAUCAGCGUGGACUAUUCCAGCUACGGCCAGGCCCAGGUCAGCGAGGGGGAUUUUGGCCACGUCACCGAGAUCUACGACUUCCCCUCAUCCCUGAAAACGGAGGAUCUGAUGGAAAUGUUCUCAGAUUUCCACGAGAGUGGUUUCAAAAUCCAGUGGGUGGAUGACACACACGCCCUGGGAAUCUUCUCCAGCCUUUCCACAGCAUCUCAAGCCCUGGGCCGACGUUACCCCUGUCUGAAGAUCCGGCCCCUGGUCCACGCCAGCAAACAGUCCAAGCUCAGGGCCCUGCAGCGACCAAAACUCCUUCACCUCGGGAAGGAACGGCCCCAGACGGACACGGCCGUGGCCAGGAGACUCGUGUCCCACGCCCUGGGCUGGAGGCACAGGCAGCAGGAAGGCUCAGGAACUGAAGUUUUCCAGCUGGAAACCUCGGACCAGCAGGAAUGAAACAAAAAAAAAGCACCUCGGCUCCCCCUCCCUGUCCCCUCCAUCCAUCCCCCUCCCCCAAAAAAAAACUGCUGUAAAGAUGAGCAUGGCUGUGCUGUCCAACUGCAUGUGGAGGUGCCAUGGGAGGGGGGUUCUCCUUGGGAUCAGCACCAUCCUCCUGGAGCUGGGGAGGAAGGGGGAAGUUGAGUGUUCGUGGGAUUUUUGGAGCACUUUUUUUUUUGUUUCCAAGCCCCCCCCCCGAUUGCUCCCCUGCAGGAAUGAAAGGAGGGGCUUUCCAGAAAAGCCUCCUCUGGGUUUGGAGGA